AUGAAUGCAUGAAUAAGUGGAACAACAAUUUUUCAGAAUUGUUGGAAGGAUUAGAGAUAUAAACAACAUGUAAAAUCUCUGUCACAUAGUAGGCACUCAAUAAAUUGUUGCUAUUAUUGCUAUUUUCUGUUUUAAUUUUUUAAAAACUCUGUUACAAUUCCUGACAAAUAGCCAUUUUGUUGGACAGAAUCUGUGCAAUCUGUGAGUCUGUUAUAUAGCCAAAUAAUUUUUCCAACCCUUAUACAUUAGAAUUAAAUACAGAAUAAUCCUGUAGAUAUGGAUAACUUCAGCUCAGUUGUUUCAUAGCUGUGAAAAAUGUCACCAUUUAUUUAAUAGCUAAUGUCAAAAUAGGGUUAAAGCAGCAUGCACCAUAGUAGAGCAGUUGGGUUUAAGUAAACCUAUCUGUUUCUGCUUAAUUCCCUCAACUUUGUGGUAGAAUGAACAGUUUUACUAGAAAGCAAUCAGGAGGACGAUGGCAUUGGCGGUGGCCCUGGCAGCUUGGGAUGAGUGUGAGUGACAGAGUCGGCGGGAUUCUUCAGAGACUGUUCCCGCUCUCCUCUGCCUCUCAGUCUGCAGUCUCGGCCCAUUUGAGGAGGAAUGCUGGCGUUACAGCUGUGACAUUUGAUAAGAAGCUUGAUCCUGUUCAGAAACUCUUUGUGGACAAGGUUAGAGGACACAGAACUAAGCGACAGUCAGCUGGGGAACCUGCUGGUACUGGCCCAGAGCAUCAGCGAGUGGAGAAGCAAAUGUACGGUAUGGCAGACAUGACUGUGUUCCCUGACUUCAGACUUGAAGAUCCCAAACUGGAAGACAUUGAAAAACCCCAUGCUUAAAGAAAUGUACAUUUUUAUCUGGUAAUUUUCCCUAGAUAAGUUGUACAACUGAUCAGAAGUAUCAGUAUAAACAUACAUUUCAACAAC